AAUCUUCAAAGUUUGCCGCUGAACAAUUCCAUUUCUCUUUUCCUUCUGGAACUUCAACUAGGGAUAUAUAUUAGAGGUGUUCCCUGGUUGCCUAGCAGUUAAGGCUCUGGCUUGGAUUCAGUCUCUGGCCAGAGUAUUUCUGCAUACUGGGCAUGGCCAAAAAAUAUUUUAAAAAUAUUAAAAAGCAUAUAUUAGACACAUACCCUGUAUGUAUUUUCCAUCUUUUCAACUAUCUGUGCAUCUUUAUGAAUAAUUUAAUCUUAAUAUAAUUUCUAGUUCUUUAACUCUCUCUCUUGAGCUGCAUAUAAUCUGCUGUUAAGGCCAUCCAUUGAGUUUCUAAUUUCAGCUAAGUUAUUUUUUAGUUUUUGAAUUUCCUUUGCCCACCUUUUCUGUUUUCUAAUUUCCUGUUGAAAUUUUCAAGAUUGGAUGUUAUUUAUCUGAAUACACUAAGCAUUGAGGUUUAGUGGUCUGUAUCAGAUAAUUCAAAUAAUUCAAAGCUAAUGGAUCUGUUUGUGUUGCCUAUUGUAUCUAGUGUGUCUUACCUUUGGUGUCUUUUUUCUUUUUGUUUCUGUUAUCUUUGUGUAUGGGCAUUGUACUUAACAAUUGUUUGUUGAAAUAUUUUGAUGCCUAGGAUGAUGGAAUCUUCCUCCAGAGAAGAUUUCCUUUGCAUUGGUCAGGUCCAUAAGGAUGCUUCCUGCUAGAACCACCAUAAUCUAUGUUCAAAGCUUAAUGUUUACUAGUCCACCUAGAUGUUGCAAAGCGAGGCUAAAAGACUUGUGAGGGCUGGUUUAUCUCUAGUUUACAAUUACUUUUAAAGUGAAAUAUUUGAAGUUCCUAGGAAAUCCCUCCCCUUUCCAUAAGCCUUGGGCUUUUUUUUUUUUUUUAAUCUAGUGCUUUGAGUUUGCUGAAGAUUCAACUCAUUUUGGCACUGGUUUAUUCCUUAAUCACAGAUGCCCUCAAGACAAAUAUAGUUAAUGACAUGAGUAUUAAAAGAAAACAUGAUAAUUCCUCUUUGAUCUCAUGUAUGAAGAGUUCUUAACUAUGAAUCAAAAUCUAGAUGCAACAGAAUAAAAGUCUGAUAAAUUUGACUACUUUUUAAAUGCAUGGCAGAAACACACCAUAAAAAAGUCAAAAAGCAACUAAUGAACUGGAAGUAAAUAUUUGCAACUUAUAUAACAAAUAUUUGAAGGCCUAAUAUAGUUAAUGUAUGAAGAACACUUGAAAUGUGAGAAAGGGGAGUUCCCUGGUGGUCUAGUGGUUGGGACUCUGGUGCUCUCACCACUGCAGCCCAGGUUCUGAGAACUGAGAACCCACAUCAAGCUGCAAGCUGUAGCCAAAAAAACAAAAAACAAAAAAGGAAUGUGAGAAGCACCAACAACCCAAUAGAAAAAUGUGGAAAAGACAUGAACAGACAAUUCCCAGUGAUAUUUAAAUUGUGAUUAAACAGAAGUGCAAAAUAAAAUGCCAUUGAUAAAACUGGUAAUAUACUACCCCUCACCUAUCAUAUUAGUGAAAAUUCAAAAGUAUGCCACACAUUAUUUUGGAAAGGGUGUGAGGAAGAAAGCGCUCAUAUUGCUGGUGGGAAAGCAAAAAUGGGUCUGAGGCUCAGGGGAGGAAUAACCCGGAUCUGUAGAUCUGGGAAUCAUCUGCCUUUAGAGGGAAAUGAACAAAGAUCACCCAGGGAGAGAGAACAAACACGUGGGCUGAGAAGAGAGGAGGCCCAGGACACGAUACUCAAGGUGGCAGCGCAGCUUCCUGGUGGACACGACCAUCAGGGCUCUUGAGUCAGGCAGAGCUCCUUUUGAAAGCGGACUAUGGGGCUCCGUGUGGAACGCUCUUGGAGAAGUCGGGUACCCUCCCUGAGAUCAGCUGUCACAACUGGCGACGAUCGGCAUCUCGGAGGGAUGCUGAGCAAGAACCUGAGAUGCGCCAGGUUAAGCACCUGCGGUCAGGAAGCCUCCCCACUCCUGGUCUGUCGGUAACUUCUCCUUCUCCAACCGCCCGUCCCGCCACACCUCGGACUGCGUGUCUGUUCCCAGCACUCUGCAAGACUAGAAAAGGAGAAGGAACCUGUCCAGAAUCCCUGCAGGACAAGAAAAGGAGGAAAAAUCUCAACAUGGAAAAACUCUGCAAGGAAAAUGAAGGAAAGCCGGAAAGCGAGGGAAAGCCAGAGGAUGAAGUAGAGCCUGACAAUGAAGGAAAGUCGGAUGAGGAAGAAAAACCAGAAGUGGAGGGGAAGUCAGCACAUGAGGGAAAGCUCCAGAACGAGGGACAACCAGAAGAUGAGGGAAAACCAGAAGACGAGGGGAAGCAAGAGAAGCAGGGCAAGUCCGAAGAUGAGGGAAAACCACCUGGUGAGGGCACGAUGGAGUCCCAGGCAAAGCCAGAGAGUGAGCCACGGGCUGCCGAAAAGCGCCCCGCUGAAGAUUACGUACCCCGGAAAGCCAAAAGGAAAACAGACAGGGUGACAGAUGAUUCCCCCAAGGACUAUGAGGAGGACUUACAGGAAAGGCAUUUGGGCAGUGAGGAGAUGAUGAGAGAAGGUGGAGACCUGUCAAGGGCUCAGGAAGAGCUAAGGAAAAGACAGAAAAUGGGUGGUUUUCAUUGGAUGCAAAGAGAUGUACAGGAUCCAUUCACCCCAAGGGGGCCACGGGGUGUCAGGGGAAUGAGGGGCGGAGGUAGGAGCCAAAGGGGCUUACAUGAUAUCCCCUAUCUUUAAUGCCUUUGGCCUUCAAUUCUGAUUCUCUGAUGAGAAUGUCACUGACCCUGCUUUCCCUGGCAGGCAUUUGCCAGGCUGUGUGCUUUAACCGUAAGCUGAUACUUUGCUUUAGGUGUCACUUGUUACCAGCAGCCUUUGGGUCCAACUACAGUGCUGUGUUUCAGUAGGGGUUUUUCACCCAUGUGCAUGAAAGAGAUGUUCAUGGUACACUGUAAGAUAACAAUAAAGAAAAAAAUAGUUUUCAGAACCGAA